CCCAUCCAUACCACACAACCCGCCCAUGUUACAAUUUCUACGAUCCUGACCGCUAGUCUCGGCGAGCUAACCGUCAGCCCUCUUUUCCCUCGAUCUUUUCUCCCCAUCCUCGCCAUGGCGCCCACCAGCAGUAAGACCCGGGGUAAACCCCACCCCCGGAGCAGUGCCAGUCGCAACACCACUCCCGCCAGCGCCAGCGCUGUUUCCGUCUCCAUCGACCUCCCGCCUUCCUCCUCCUAUUUCCAAACAAACCUCGCCCCUUCCUCCGCCCCGGCAACAGUCGAAGACAUCCUCGACGAUGGCGGCGCGGGCCAAGCCCCUCCCUCCGCCGCCGCCAUCCAUAGCAUGCAGGACGAAGUCAAGUCGAAGGUGGUCUCAAUUCUGAAUGCGCGCGGAGAGACGUGUGAGCGGCUGAUACGGGAGCUGUCGAAAAAGCGGAAGGAGCGCAUUGAACGGAAUCGAGAGAAGGAACGAUUGGAGAGAGAGGCGGAGGAAAGGAAGAGGAAGCAGAAGCAGACAAAGAAGAGGGAGAAAGAUGAUGAGAGGCCACCUGCUGUGGGAGCCCAUGGGGUCACUCGGCAGGAUGGUGCCGAAAUGAAGGCAAUGGACACAUCGUCCUCAAUAUCAUCUCCAGCUUCUGCAGCUCCCCCUUCCGUUGCCGCCACCGCCCCCCGAGCCGAAUCUAUCGCAUCAGUAAUCUCUUCGGAAGACUCCCAUCAGCCGUCUCCUGCUCCCGCCGUCCGCCAGUACCAGACAUUUGGACCCGACCCCUCGACUUUUCCGGACCCCACGGUCUACCAUAUAAGAGAUGUCAGCCCUGGCAUGACCGAAGAAGAACAGAAGGAGAUUUACUGCGUUGCCUCAUAUCCCCAUGACGACCUGCAUGACCUCACCCCUGGGACACCGCCCGAUCGAGAUUUCAGCAAUGCCAAGCCGGCCACUCAGGUCAGCGCAAUAGCGUUCGCCAACUACGUGGAACCCUACAUCAGACCCUUGACAGAGGAGGAUCUUGUAUUUCUCAGAGAGAAGCAAGAUCGGGUGACACCCUUCGUCAUGCCUCCACGAGGACCGCGGCACUUUCGAGAUAUCUGGGCAGACGAAGACGGCGCCAUGGACGUGGACAGCGAUGACGAGAAGCUCCCUCAAAACGAAGCCCGUGGAAGCGUCAACAACAUAAACGACGAGGUCGCCCAAACAGACCAAGUCUCCGCUGGCCCGGUCCUCGCUCGCCUCCUCCAAUCCAUGCGCGCCGAAGGCCGUCCCUCUGAAACCGACAAAGAAACCAACGGCGAUACCAACAUCGACGACAUCGACUUCGACAUCAGCGCCCAACUUGCCGCCGCCGAUUCCGGCGAAUCCCUCACCAAUGGCGCAGCUAACGGCACCUCCUCAACCCCCGCCAACCCCACCCUCCCCUCCUCCACCGCCUUCGCCGAAAUAUCCACUAACCCCUCCCUCAAAUCCCUCCCCCCCACCAAGCAAACCUACACCCAACUCGACGACCGCGCCCUCCAAGAACUCCGCCACAUCGGCUUCAUCGGCCCCGACGACACCCCCUCCUACGACUCCCACUUCGACGACGAAGUCGCCGCGCGCCUCCGCCUCCUCCAGUCCGAGCUCAAAACCCAAAUCAUCAUGAACGCCGCCCGCAAGGCCCGCCUAUACGAGCUCGCCGAGGAAUCCAUGGCCAUGCAAGAGUUCGGCAGCAUCUCCGACGACCUCGACGGCCAGCUCAACCAGGCGUACCUCAAGCGCAACCGCACCAUGGGCAAGGGGAAGAAGAACGUCAAGCGGCCGGUCGGCGCGCAGGGGGCAGCGGCGGCAGCCGCAGCCGCAGGGGUGACGCGGCCAACAGUAGGGGAGCCGAUUCGCGCGCUGAUGGAACGGAGGGCGAAGUGGAAUAGCAUCAUUGGGCCGGUGGUGAAUUUUGGGAGGACGGGGGUGCCGAGGGAGAGUGUGUUUGAUGAGGAGACAAUUCGGCGGUUGGUAGAGAGGGAGAAGGAGACGUGGGGGGAGGGAGGGGAGGAGGGGGAGGCGUGAGUGGUAGGGUUUAUUUGCUGAGUUCAUGUUCAUAUUGUCUGGGUACUGAUAUGACAUGGAUGUAUUUGAUGGGGACUGGUUGUGGAGUUUCUCUGGGCUAUUUGGGUUGGGUGCGGGACGGAAAUGUUAGACACGAUGAGUCCGCUGGGAUAUUAGCAUUGCGAGGUGUUCGGUGGUUGGGUUUGAUACCUACAUCUAGGAGGUUGUUUCUCUCAAUGGAAGACUGAUUUGUCCAAUUUGAGCUUAAUGUUCAUCUACAGCAUUGUCUACCUAAGGGAGUCCGGCAUCCAGAUCAAGGUAGAGAUUUUAGAAAUGGAGCCAGCGCUUCCCAAUGUUGGCUGAAUCCACUCAUGAAACCCAAACGAGGUGUUUUAUCCCGCUGAAAGGGCUGCCAAACCGCCUAUGUCGUAUAACGCGAAGCAUAUCCACCGCCAGAUGAUGUGAAUCCGAAAGGGGCCUCAAAAGAUCUAUACUAUAUACUGAGU